AUGGAUACUUUCGAUUUGAAAACGGCUCUGACUUUAUUACCUGUUAUGUCAGAUGACGAGACAAGUGUAAAACAAUUAGUAGACAAUAUUCAGUAUUAUAAUUCUUUGUUAACAAAACAGGAAUGCAAAAAUAAUUUAAUUAAAUUCAUAUUAAAAAGUAGAUUAUCUCGAUCUGCUAAAUUACGUCUUCAAGACGAUUACUCUAAUGUUGAAGACUUGGUUAGUGACAUGCAGAAAGAGUUGUUGCCAAGAAAAAGCGCAGCAGCAAUUCAAAGUAAAUUGCAAAAAUUACGCCAAAAUGAUAUGCCAAUUGCUGAUUACGGAAAACAAAUAACAGAGUUAUUUGUGGACCUUACGAUAUCGCAAGCCAACGGUAAUACCGAAUAUUACAAUAUUUUGAAAACUGUUAAUGAAAAACAAGCGAUCAAGCAAUUUUCCGAUGGCUUAUGA